AUGGCGUCCAACGACCCCAAUUCGAGCACGAAUGAGCAGUCUCAGGCCUCGGAUGAAGCCCGUCCUGAUGUCGCUGCUGCCGUUGAUGAACUUCUCAACUCCUUGUCCAACAAAUUCGCCAGCGUUUCCUCAGAGAUAUUUGCCAAGAUGGACGAAAUGUCGAGGAGAAUUGACAAGCUCGAGGCAGAGCUAGUAGAGAGCAAAGCGGGCGAAGGUACCCCUUCCAAACCGCAAUAG